CCAUCCAGAUGUGUAGCCAAUGAGCAGCCGUGCUGCUCCAGUGAAGGAAGGAGGCGGAGGAAGGAAUGCUGCAGGAUGCUUAUUAUUAUGGCUGUCAAACCCAGAGGAGAUUAGAUUUUACAUCCUUUUCUAUGUCAGAUUAACGAGGAUGAUUGGCACCAUGUCCGCAGCAGGUGUCGCGGUGUGGCUUGGUACGGUGGUGACCAUCUUGUCGAGGUCACACGCAGACCGUAACGUCUACCCGUCUGCAGGAGUGCUGUUUGUUCACGUUCUAGAGAGAGAGUACUUCAAAGGAGAGUUUCCCCCCUACCCAAAAUCAGGUGAUGCCAGCAAUGAUCCGAUCACUUUCAACACCAACCUGAUGGGCUACCCCGACAGGCCCGGCUGGCUGCGCUACAUCCAGAGGACGCCGCACAGCGACGGGGUGCUUUAUGGCUCUCCUACUGCAGAACAUGUUGCGAAGGCCACCGUCAUAGAGAUUACCGCCUAUAACAGACGCACUUUCGAGACAGCACGGCACAACUUGGUCAUAAACGUCAUGGCUACAGAAGAGUUCCCUCUGCCAUUCCAGGCAGAGUUUUACAUCAAAAACAUGAACGUGGAGGAGAUGCUGGCAAGUGAGGUGCUUGGUGACUUUUUAGGAGCGGUGAAGAAUGUGUGGCAGCCUGAGCGCCUCAACGCCAUCAACAUCACCUCAGCUCUCGACCGUGGCGGCCGUGUGCCCCUGCCCAUCAACAACCUCAAGGAAGGAGUGUAUGUGAUGGUUGGUGCUGAUGUCCCCUUCUCGUCGUGCUUGCGGGAGGUGGAGAGUCCUCAUAACCAGCUGCGCUGCAGUCAGGAGAUGGAGCCUGUCAUCAGCUGUGACAAGAAGUUCAGAGCUCAGUUUAACAUUGAUUGGUGUAAGAUUUCUCUGGUCGACAUCAACAAAGUGGUCCCGGUUUACAUCACCCGUCCCGACCCAGGCACUGGGAUCCUGCCUGAAUUUGCACCAUAUGACCCCCCCUCCGAGUCCCUGAAGAGCCGGGACUACUUUUCAGACUUCCUCAUCACGCUAGCUGUUCCCUCUGCAGUGGCACUAGUCCUCUUCUUUAUCCUCGGCUACGCUAUGUGCUGCAAACGUGAAGGGGUGGAAAAAAGAAACAUGCAAACACCAGACAUCCAGCUGGUUCACCACAGUUCCAUCCAGAAGUCCAGCAAGGAGCUGCGGAGCAUGUCUAAGAACCGGGAGAUCUCCUGGCCCCUCUCCACUCUGCCUGUCUUCAACCCAGUCAGUGGAGAGGUGGUGCCACCAAUCCAUCCUGACAACUACGAGACCACCAGCAUGCCCCUCAUGCAGACACAAACGAAUCUGCAAAACCAGAUUACGAUACCACAGCAACGGCCAUCAGGAGAAAAUUAUGUCAUGUCAACGUUUCGAAGGCUGGAGGUAAAUGGUAUUCCUGAGGAGAGAAAGGUGGCUGAAGCACUGAAUUUGUGACCAGAAACCAGUGUUGAAGCUGAUUUUGAUUCCAUAUCUAUACUUUUUUGUUUUUCAUAACAAUUGUGCCAAUCUGCAUGCCUCAAGUGUUCUAAAAAUUUACCGUCCAUGUGCACUUACACCUUAAAGAGUGACAGUGUGAACAAGAAUAGGUAAAGAGCCAAGUGGAUUAUUAAUAUAAAUUAGAGUAUUUUUAAAUAUAUGUGUAAAUGUUCAAACUAUGAUGUUAGAGUUUCUACUUGCUUUGCACAGAAAAGGGAAUUUUACAAAGAAAUGCUUUACUAGUCAUGUGUUAUUAAUUAUACGUAAUUUGUCACAUGAUAAUAAAUUCUUUUAAAGUAA